AUGACAUUGAAGAAUAAUGUGACUGAGUUUAUUCUGCUUGGUUUGACCCAGGAUCCUGUUAAAAAGAAAAUAGCUUUUGUCACUUUCUUGUUUUUCUAUUUGGGAAUUUUGGUGGGAAACUUUCUGAUUAUAGCUACCAUCAAGAGCAGCAGAGCACUUGGGAGUCCCAUGUACUUCUUCCUCUUCUACUUAUCCGUAUCUGAUACCUGCUACACAACUUGCAUAACCCCCAGAAUGAUUGUGGAUACACUUCGGGAGAAUGCCACUAUCACUUUCAAUGAGUGCAUACUUCAAGUCUUUUCACUGCAUUUCUUUGGCUGCCUGGAAAUCUUCAUUCUAAUCAUCAUGGCUCUUGACCGCUAUGUGGCCAUCUGUAAGCCCCUGCAUUACAUGACCAUCAUGAAUCGACAAGUGUGUAAAGCAUUGGUGGUGGUGGCCUGGGUGGGCUCCUGUGUGCAUUCUCUAGCUCAGAUUUUUCUGGCCUUGAGCUUGCCUUUCUGUGGUCCUAAUGUGAUUGAUCACUAUGUAUGUGACUUACAGCCCUUAUUGAAUCUUGCCUGUGCUGACACCUAUACGGUCAAUGUACUCUUGGUGUCCAACAGUGGGGCCAUUUGUACAGUGAGUUUUGUCCUGCUGAUGUGCUCCUAUGUUGUCAUUUUAUAUUCCUUGAGAAAUCACAGUGGUGAGGCGAGGAAAAAGGCUCUGUCCACCUGCAUCUCCCAUAUCACGGUGGUUAUUUUCUUCUUUGGUCCAUGCAUUUUUAUAUACACACGACCUGCAAAAACUUACUCCAUGGAUAAGAUGGUAUCUGUAUUCUACCAAAUAGGAACCCCUUUGAUCAGCCCUCUGAUUUAUACACUGAGAAAUGCUGAAGUGCAAAAUGCCAUGAGGAAAUUAUGGAGCAAGAAAUUAGUCUCAGAUAACAAAAGAUGA